CCUUGGCUGGGGCUCCGUCCGCGAGGAAGCCCCCCACCCCCGGCCCAGGCGCUGGAUUCCCGGUGUCCCGCGCGUACUCAGGUGAGAGCCGGCUCGAGCCGCGCGCGCCCCCGUGUGUCCUGUCGCCACAACAGCACCGUGGCCACACCCAGACUCUCCGAGGGAAGUUGGUCACCGCUCACCUGGGAAGCCGUUGAGGGAUGGGGCCACGAAACAGGACUAACGUGACUUAAGAAGAGCAGGGAAAUGACGUCCCCGAGUGCAGACAUGGCAACCGUAACGGAAGAGGAGAUUGCGUUGGGUGCGUCUGGGGAGCUGAUGUUGCUGUCAGCUGCCGUAGGGCUACCUCCAUUGUCUCUGGGCCUAGGGAAAGGCAUUGGAGGGGGUGUGAAACCCCAGAAGCCAGGUUUUAGAGGUGGUGUGGAACCCCAGAAGCCAGUAUAUGGAAACGGACUGGGAGCUGGUGCCUUCCCAGGGCUGGGAGCCCAGCCAGGUCCUGUGGCUCAGGAUGGUGGCCAGGGACCAGGAGUUGGAGAGGGCGUGAAACCUCAAAAGCCAGGAUUUGGCAAUGGGAAUGGGAUGGGAGUUGGAGCCCAGCCAGGUCCUGCAACUCAAAAUGGCUACGGACCAGGCUUUGGAGGGGGUAUGAAGCCUCAGAAGCCAGGAUUCGGGAAUGGCAACGGGUUGGGAGCCCAGCCAGUCCUAGUGACCCAGAACGGAUAUGGAGCAGGCUUUGGUGGGAGCAUGAAGUGCCAGAAGCCAGGAUUCGGGAAUGGCAACGGGCUGGGAGCCCAGCCAGGUCCUCCAGCUCACAAAGGCUACAGAGCAGGCCCUGCGGUUCCCGUGGGCUACGGACCAGGCAUUGGUGAGGGCGGGAAGCCGCAGAAGCCAGUUUACAGGAAUGGGCUGGGAGUCGGAGCCUUCCCAGGCCAGGGGGCCCAGCCAGCCCUGGGAAGGGGCAUGAGCCCUCCAAAGCUAGGAUACACACCAGGGCCGGGGCUGCAGCUCCCAGCAGGUCCCUGCAAUGGGAGGGUCCCUCCACUGCUCCCCAGGCCUCCCACUUCGGGGGUCCCUUCUGAUAAAGGGGGUGGCUGGGGCCCCAAAUCUCAGCCCUCUCCCCCAGGGCAGAAUGGCAAGUUCCCAGCACUGACUCCAGCCAUCCAGUGGGGGCUGAAACCUCAGAAAGCAGGAUACCAACCCCUGAAUGGCUAUGGACCAGGAACAGCACUGGGCUUUGGUGGUGGCCUCAAGCCUCAGAAAGUCGGUUUUGCUUACGGGAAUGGUCUGAGAGCUGGGAUCUUCCCUGUGGCCCACUCGCAGCCAGAGUUCCCCGGGGCCAAUAGCUUUAGGAAUGGGUAUGGGGAUGAAGCACCAGUGUACCCCAAAGCAGCAGUUCCAGGCCCUGAAGCAAAUGGUCGGGCCGGGGCCCUAAGUGGCUCUUCUUGGCCCUCCGUGCAGCCCUGGGGGCUUGCCUUGAAGCCUGGAUAUGGGACUGAAGGCGAAUAUCCAGGGGUCAGGAGCCAGCCAGCAACCUAUGGACAGCUGAGGCCAGAGCUGGGCCCUGGACCCUUCGGCAACCCUGAGGUGAAGAGAGGCAGCAGUGGCCCACUGGGAAAUGGCUAUGGAGGCCCCUGCCCUCUCGGGAAAUGCUGAGCACCGAGGCUCUUCCACUGCCCAUCCUGAGAGCCUCUGUACCACAGCCUGGUGUGUUGGGCGAGGACAGCCAGACUCUGAAGCUUGGCUUCUGGCCUGGGGUCUCCUGCGGGCUGAAAGUAUUAAUAAAGGCGACAUGCUUCCCUGUU